CAGGGAGGGGAGGAAACUGCUUGAAAACAAGGUGGCGCCUACGUGACUCACUGACUGGACCUGACAGGCUGAGAAACAGCCGAGCAGAGAGGAGAAGACAGUCCUGCAACAUUUAGCUUUACUCCUGUUUUUGAAGUUGUGUGCAGCAACAGCGGUAGAUCUAGAAACUGACACCUUUAACUAGAUUAUAUCUCGCAAUGCGAUGGCAACUGCUUUGAAGAUAUUGUUUUAUUUUGUGCCAUAAAUCUACUCGCCGAGUGAAUUGCAGUGCACCUUAACCCUCUGAGAAAGUGAAGUGGAAGAGCUCUGGCAAUCGACUGUGUUGUUUGUCUCAAUUUUUUUUGGAGAGCAGGUGUUAUGGACCUACAGUAUUUCCUGAGCUGGAGAGCUGCCCUGAUGCUCCUCUUGUUGCCAUGUGGGCUCCAAUGUAUGUCGGUGCGCAUUCUCAAUGAGGAGCCUGUGCAUGUAGUGCCAGACUCCAGUCUGGUUUUGAAAGCUCGGAUCGAGCAUGGGCCCCUUGAAGAGGUCUCCGCGGUAUCCUGGGAAUGGGAGCCUGAAACUGGAAUCUCCCCCGAUAGAGUGACGCUGGCCACCUGCCCCGGCAGAGGCCCCGAGUGUGCUGGUACGAGGCCAAAUGUCCAUGUGAACGUGGAGCAGCAGGAGACGACACUUCAGAUUAAUGGAUACAGCGGAGCGGAAGGCGGCGUGUACGCUGUGACUGUGACGGAUCACAAAGGGGCCAAGACAACUGCACACUGCAUCGUCAGGAACUAUGAGGCGGUGCACCACGUCUCGGUCAGUGUCAACGUGUCCCACUCCACGCUGGUUUGUGGCGAAGCCUGGGGGACGGAGCCCCACUUCAGCUGGUUCCAUGAGAGAGUCGCCAUCACCAAGACUGUGGGGAGAGUCUCCGGAGAUGGAACGACAUUGUUUGUGACCAAGACUCCCAUCUGCGGCCACUUCACCUGCAUGGUCAGCAACAAGAUGGGCCACAGUUCUGCCACAUACACUGCAGCAUCUUGUGAGACAGAGGGCAAAGGGACAACAGCCGCUGUAUUGUGUUCUGUCCUCCUGCUGAUGUUUGGAGGAGUUCUGGCGUUUCUGCUGUGGAGGCGACACAGGCACAGAAACAGGGGAGAGAGGCUGCACGAACAUUUGGAUGACACCAUCUGAAAUAUAAAAAAAAGGCCCGGGAUACAAAAGAGGAAAACAGCUAAAUGAACUGGAUUGUGAGGUUGGAACUUCCUGUCCUGUGAGCAGUAUGACCUUAGACUGCAUUGGAACAAUGUGACAAGCGAACUGCUUGCUGGCAAGUGAAACAUAUCUAAAAAUGGAUAUUCAGCUUGAAGUGCCAGCAAUGUCUUCACACUGCCUCCUCGGCUGAGCCUGACACUGUGUAUUUAAUAAUGUGACCAGGUUUGUUAUCUUUAAUCACAUGUACAUUGUAAUGAAAAUUACCUUCAAAUGAUGCCUUCAUAAUAAAAUCCCUUUAAGGAAUGUGACAAAUGUCAGUGA